AUGGUGUCAAAGCAUUCAGCGUCGGACGCUGAAGAAGCCAAGCUAGAGCGUCAGCUCCAGCAGGAUGCUCUGAAUGCACAUCAGAGUAACUCGAAUUCGUCAGAGCGCAGGCCAUUCUCUGAUUUAGAUCUAACUCCUGCCACGUCAAAAGCUCUAGACGCCAUGGGUUUCAAGACCAUGACAGAAGUGCAAGAACGCUGCAUUCCUCCUCUCCUUGCUGGUAAGGAUGUACUUGGUGCUGCACAGACAGGCAGUGGCAAAACACUUGCUUUUCUUGUGCCCGCUAUUGAAAUGCUUCAGCGUCUUAAAUUCAAGCCUCGUAACGGUACCGGUGCCAUUGUCAUUUCACCUACUCGUGAAUUAGCUCUGCAAAUCUUUGGCGUUGCUAAGGAAAUUAUGGCGCACCAAAGCCAAACUAUGGGUAUUGUAAUGGGUGGUGCGAAUCGUAAGGCAGAAGCAGACAAGCUUCAGAAAGGUGUGAACCUGAUCAUUGCCACGCCCGGUCGUUUAUUGGACCACUUGCAAAACACAAAGGGAUUUGUCUUCUCUAACCUCAAAACUCUUAUUAUCGAUGAGGCAGACCGAAUUCUGGAAAUUGGUUUCGAAGAUGAAAUGCGCCAGAUCGUCAAGAUUUUGCCAAGUGAGCGUCAGUCCAUGCUCUUCUCGGCCACUCAAACCACCAAAGUGCAAGAUUUAGCUCGCAUCUCACUCCGACCUGGUCCGCUGUACAUCAAUGUGCAUGAACAGAUGGCUUCGUCUACCGUGUCUAAGCUUGAGCAGGGCUAUGUUGUGUGCGAUAGCGACAAAAGAUUCCUACUCCUCUUUACGUUCCUCAAGCGAAACGCAGGCAAAAAAAUUAUUGUAUUCAUGAACAGCUGCAACAGCGUCAAGUACCAUGGCGAACUUUUGAAUUACAUUGACGUGCCUGUGCUUGAUUUGCACGGCAAGCAAAAGCAGCAAAAGCGCAGCAACACGUUCUUUGAAUUCUGUAAUGCUCAGCAUGGUAUUUUGCUUUGCACGGAUGUCGCGGCUCGUGGCUUAGACAUUCCUGCCGUUGAUUGGAUCAUCCAGUACGAUCCACCAGAUGACCCACGCGAUUACAUUCAUCGUGUUGGUCGCACGGCUCGUGGUGGUAAGCACGGUCGCUCGCUUCUUUUCCUAUUGCCCAGUGAGUUGGGUUUCCUGCGAUUCCUGAAGGUGGCCAAGGUGCCUUUAAAUGAAUACACUUUUCCACCAAACAAGAUCGCUAAUGUUCAAAAUCAGCUGGAGAAGCUUAUAUCGAAGAAUUACUACUUGCACCAGUCAGCCAAGGAAGGCUACCGUUCUUACAUACAGGCGUAUGGCUCGUACUCACUGAAGCGCAUCUAUGACAUCAACCAGCUAGACCUCGCGAAGGUUGCCAAGGCGUUUGGCUUUGCUGUGCCUCCUAAAGUGAAUGUAACGAUCGGGACGAGUCUCAAAGCGCGCAAGGAUCGUGACCAUAACAAUGACGAGGAUGAAGAUGCGCCGCAGGGCAAGCGUCAGCGUGUGGACCGGCGAUCAUAUGGCUCCCGUGAUGACAAAGCUGCCAUGUAUCGGAAACAUCAGACGUCAUCCAACGGUACGCAAUGGAGUCGUUAA